AUGGAUGAUUUUGAACGUCGCAGAGAACUCAGGAGGCAAAAGCGAGAAGAGAUGCGUCUGGAAGCAGAAAGAAUCGCCUACCAGCGGAAUGACGAUGACGAGGAAGAGGCCGCCAGGGAACGGCGCCGCCGCGCCCGACAGGAAAGGCUGCGGCAGAAGCAAGAGGAAGAAGCCUUGGGGCAGGUGACCGACCAGGUGGAGGUCAAUACCCAGAACAGUGUGCCUGACGAGGAGAUCAAGACAUCCACCACCAACACUCAGCUGGAGGGCGAUGAUGAGGCUGCUCUCCUGGAGCGACUGGCUCGGCGGGAGGAGAGACGCCAAAAGCGCCUUCAGGAAGCCCUGGAACGGCAGAAGGAGUUUGACCCAACAAUAACAGAUGCAAGUUUGUCACUCUCCAGCAGAAGAAUGCAAAACAACACAACAGACAAUGAAACGGCAGAGAAGGAAGGAAAAAGUGAAAGUCGCCAGGAGCUGGAGGAAACAGAAAUAGUCACCAAGUCCCACCAGAAGAAUGAUUGGAUGGAAGCAGAAGAGAAAAAGAAAGAAGAGAAAGAAAAGGAGGAGGAGGAAGAAGAGAAACCAAAGCCAGGGAGCAUUGAAGAAAAUCAGGUAGAGGUGGUGGUAGAAGAGAAAACAGCAGACACCCAGCAGGAAACAGUAAUGCCCCUGAAAAAUGGGCAGAUCAGUGCCGAUGAGCCUAAGACCGAGGAGGAGGGGGAAAGGGGCUCAGAUGAGAUUCUCCACAAUGAAAAGCUGGAAGAGGAAGCCAGGGAAAGAGCUGAGGCAGAAAGGGCCAGGUUGGAAGCAGAAGAAAGAGAAAGAAUUAAAGCUGAGCAAGACCGAAAAAUAGCAGAGGAGAAAGCAGGAAAGGAAGCAGAAGAACAAGCAGCUGCCCAAGAGAGAGAAAGACGGGAGGCAGAGGAGAGGGACAGGAUUAAGGAGGAGGAGAGGAAGGCAGAAGAGGAGAGGAACAGGAUUAAGGAGGAGGAGAGGAAGGCAGAAGAGGAGAGGAACAGGAUUAAGGAGGAGGAGAGAAAGGCAGAAGAGGAGAGGCAGAGGGCAAAGGCAGAGGAAGAAGAGAGAGCUAAGAUAGAAGAGCAAAAACGUAAGAAGCAACUAGAAGAGAAAAAGGGGCAAAUGCAAGAGAAAAAGAUUAAAGGGGAAAAGGUGGAGGAGAAAACAGCAGGGAAGGGGGUCAAUGAAAAGAAAGCACAAGAAGAUAAACCUCAUACAGCUGUCCCAAAGAAACAGGAAGAAGAAAGGGGGGCUAAAGUGCCAGCUAAAAGAGAAAAGUCCCAAGAAGACAAGGCUGCCUUCAAAAAAGAAGAGCUCAAAGAUGAGAAGACUAAAAAGGACAAAGAAAGCAAAGACGUUAAGAGCUUCUUGGAUGCAAAGAAGGGGUUUACAGAAGUGAAGUCUCAGAAUGGAGAAUUCAUGACCCACAAACUUAAACACACCGAGAAUACUUUCAGCCGCGCUGGCGGGAGGGUCAGCGAGGCCAAGGAAGCGGAAGGCGCCUCCCAGGUGGAAGCCGGCAAGCGGCUGGAGGAGCUGCGCCGCCGCCGCGGGGAGACGGAGAGCGAGGAGUUCGAGAAACUCAAGCAGAAGCAGCAGGAGGCGGCCUUGGAGCUGGAGGAGCUGAAGAAGAAGAGGGAGGAGCGGAGGAGAGUGCUGGAGGAGGAGGAGCAGAGGAAGAAGCAGGAGGAGGCGGAGCGGAAAGUGAGAGAGGAGGAAGAGAAGAGGAGGCUAAAGGAAGAGAUUGAAAGGCGAAGGGCGGAAGCUGCUGAGAAGCGCCAGAAGAUGCCGGAAGAUGGUUUAUCAGAGGACAAGAAGCCCUUCAAAUGUUUCACUCCUAAAGGUUCAUCUCUCAAGAUAGAAGAGCGAGCAGAAUUUUUGAAUAAGUCUGUGCAGAAAAGUGGUGUCAAAUCAACUCAUCAAGCAGCAGUAGUCUCCAAGAUUGACAGCAGACUGGAGCAGUAUACCAGUGCAAUUGAGGGAACAAAAGCUGCAAAACCUACGAAGCCAGCAGCCUCGGACCUUCCUGUUCCUGCCGAAGGUGUCCGCAACAUGAAGAGCAUGUGGGAGAAAGGCAGCGUGUUCUCAUCCCCCACUGCUUCAGGCACACCAAACAAGGAAACCGCUGGCUUGAAGGUGGGGGUCUCCAGCCGCAUCAAUGAAUGGCUAACCAAAACACCCGAGGGAAGCAAGUCGCCUGCUCCCAAGCCUUCUGAUUUGAGGCCAGGAGAUGUAUCUGGCAAGCGGAACCUCUGGGAAAAGCAAUCUGUGGACAAGGUCACUUCCCCCGCUAAGGUUUGA